AUGCCUAACGCUCCUCUUGAGACUGCCAAAGAUUCUUGUGAGAUGAAGCAGAAGAUCAUAGUUGCUUUGCGAGUGGAUCCGCGCCACGGGCAUGAUGGAAUUAUGCUCUUCCGUCAGUUUGGAGAAGCAGUAGCUGGGGAGCACUAUCCGUUUGAUUGGAGCUGGGAUUCCCAGUACAAUCAAGGACAACCCAAUGCCUACAGUGGGCAUAUGCCAUCCCAGCAGUAUUUCAACCCUCAAGAAAGGAAUCACCACAACUAUCAGGAUGCAGGCUCUGGGAAGUCCAAUACCAGUUACCCUUAUCCUCAAUACUAUCAACAAAUUCCACAAGAUCAAUGGGGUUGGAACAGUCAAGCACCUCAUACUAGUCAUGCAUAUAACGCUGGGACCUAUGAACAGUACCAGCAGUAUCCGCAACAGCAACAAGAUACUUGGUCUUGGGGAGGGGAAGAAGGUUCUGGGAGUGUAGAUGACCCAUGGAACUGGGGCACUGAUGAAAAUGGCAGUGACUCAACCCAAACAGGUGGAGAUCCCCCAUCUGAAAGCGAUCAAGAUGGAUCUCGGAAACAAUUUCCAUUGCAAGAGAGCCUUGGCAUGGAACAGAACCUUGACAGUCAUCAGGAAGUGCCUAUUGAAGCAGCACAUUCUCCCAAAGAUAUUCAAGGUGAUUUGAGAAUUGCACCUCAAGAUUUUCAAAGUGAUGGAACUCAGGUAUUUGCAGGCAGUGAGACAGACCCAUUCACAUGCACCUCCAUUCCUGAUGGACAGCAUCUCCAGUAUCCUCCCAUCUCUUCGGAUAAUCACAUUUCGCAGAAUGACAUUCUUACCUUACAUUCCCAUGGAAUUCUAAAUGUCUCUGAAACAAGCUUAGUUAAUGGGGACUCAGCAGGAGAGUGUGGUGCUUUACCUCUUGAAGAAGAACCCAGGACUGACUCAGUUGAUUUGGUGCAGUGCACUGAAGGAUCAGAACAUAAUAAGUUUUCCUGUAAACCUAAUCCAUCAGAGUGUGACUUGGGAGUAGAUAAUAUGUGUUUGGUGCAUGCAAGCAAUGAUGGAAGCAAAACAUAUGAGUAUGUGGAUAUGAGCAUGGUGAGUGGUGCAGGAAUUGUGCCUGGAUCAGAUGGAGUUGAAUCAAUAUGCGAAGGUGUGAAUGGGGUGCAGGUAUCUGAAGAUGCUGCAGAUGAUAGUAUGAAACAAGAAGAGGGUGUGACAGAAUCUGGUAAUGCUCAGCAGACAAUGAAUUUGCCUGAUUCUGGUAUGCCUUCUGGAUUUGCAGGCCAGGUUCCUUCAUAUCAUUUCAUCCCUCAAUCAUCUUCAUCAUUGUCCUAUGAGAGUAGUCCAACAGAAACUGCGGAGAGGUCUCCUCAUUUACCGCCUGAGAGUCUUGGAGUGUCACAAGUGAAUCUUGAAGAGGACACUGACAUCCUAAGAGAAGAGGCUGAAUUUUCACAUUCAGGGCAUACUGGUUUGCAUAUUAGCCCUGGCCCACCACAAGCAGUCUUGGAACUAGGCUUGGAUAGUCGUGAAGGAGAUGGCUUCCAGCCAGCUGAUCACCCUGACCUUGAACCCUCCCUCACUCCAGUAGCAAGUUUGUUUCAACCUCAGUCACUUCCACUGUCUGGCCAAAAUGCCUUACAAGUGCCUCGUGGUGAUGGACGCUCCUACUCAGAGGACUCCCCAGUUUUCUUUUCUGUACCUGAUAUGGAAGUUUCAGCUGAUGAUAGACAAAGAGCUCAUCUGCUACAGACUUUGGAAGCAAGAGGGGAGACAAUAGGUGAGGCAAGCCCUACUGGUUCUGUCAGUCCAACUGAUCAGAUGCCUAGUAGGUACAUGGGAGACCUUUCUGCUUCAGGAGAGCAAAUUCUGUAUCAAGAAGACAACUCACACUCCCACACACAUGGAACAGGCACUGUACCACUUGUGAAAGACAGCUGGGAGGAAAUAUCUGCUGAUAGGGCAGAGCCGUCUUUAAAUUUAGGGCCGGGGCCUGAAAGAUGCACUCCUCCACCCAGGAAAGAGACCAUAGGGAGUGAAAGUGAUGGUUUAGAUUCUCGUUCAGCUGCAAAAAGGUCAAAUGUGCCUGAGAAAGGAAGCACUCUUGGUGGGCCUCAUGUGAAAGCCAUACAACGCCCAGAAGGUGAAGGAAUUGAGAAUGAUCAUCAUGAUCACAUUCCUCAGCAUGCAAGAAGAGGCAGAGAGUCUAGUGAUGAAGGAUUAGACUCUAUAUAUAGUAGCAGUGAACAUGCUGGUCGAUCUUCUCGUCAAGGACUGCGAAGGAAGGGCCACAGCCGGAGGGGGACAGAAGACUCUGAGGAGAGUGGUGAAAUGGACUUGAGCCGUAGACAAAAAGAUAGGAAGCAUGGUGAUGGAUCUGAUGAAGACAGACCAUCUCGUCCUGAUCAGGCUCGAUCAGAUGCAGAUGGAGGCUAUCGACCAUAUGACAGGUUACAUGGUUAUGGCAACAAGAAAUCUGGUGAGAGGAAGAGUCAUGAAGGAAGCCGGAAGUAUGAUAGGCGAUUGGAGGAACAGAAGGUGCAUGAAGAUGAGGACAGGAGGAAAGGGACUGGCAGAAGGAGAUAUGAUGAGGAACAGCGCUAUCUUGAUGAUACCAGAAGGCGAAGGUACCGUGAUGAAUAUGAUGAAGAUCGAAGCAGGCGUAAAUAUGAUGAUUGGGCCCGUGAGGAGCGGAGGAGACGGUAUGAGAGAGAUGAUUAUGAUGCUCGGGACCGACAGAAGCAUGAAAAGAGAUUCAGUGAAGAAAAGAGAAGGCUUGAAGAUGACUAUUAUUCAAAGAAAUACUCUAGGAGGAGAACCCGUGGGUAUGAAGAGAUACCCUCAGGCAGAGAGAGACACACCUCUGGUGAUACUGAUGCCACUUAUAGAAGCCGUCAUGAUCGGUCUAAGGCACAGUAUGAGAGCCAUCAUGAUGGGAUUGGCCAUCAUCAUCCAGAGAAACCUGAAGAAGUUGAUAGUUCUGGUGUCCCUCAACUAUCCUUGGAUAACAUCAGCAUAAAGAAGGAGAGGGAUGUGGCAUAUGACAAGGAGGAAGAUUUCUAUCAACCAUAUUAUGACUACCAGCAAUAUUAUGAAUCAGACAGAUCUAGGCCUCCCAGCCAACUUGGUUCCAUGAGUCAAGGAAAACCCUUCCGGGAUCCUAUGGAGUAUUACUGGCAGCAGGCUUCAAGAUUGCCUGCACCUAUGUGGACAUCAUGGGAAGCAUACAAUCGCCAGAUGGAGUCCCACAUCCUGAUGACUAUGAAGAAAAUGAAGACAUAUGCUAGUCAUGUGGUUGCUGAUAUCAAAAAAGCUGCACAAGAAGUUCAGAAAGAUGGGGCAUCUGAGACAGGAGAUGGGAAGAGGUCAGUUUCAAGUGCAGAAGGUGAUGUUGGGAAGUCCAAGCCAAAAAGCCCUUACAUCCCUCACAAAUAUACAGGGGUUCACUGCAUUGCUCGUUUUGGGAACAACAACCGGUUGAUUCGUUUGGCUCCAUCAGUUGACAAUAAUAUAGACAUCUUGGACACCAAGGGUGUCUUCAAGGAUUAUGAUCGACGAGCUGCAGCUGUCAGAGCAUUUCCUGGUCCACUGACACGGACCAGCCCAAAGGUUUUGGUGAUGAAGUACUGUAAGCAGCAGAUGGAUAGGCUGGAUCCUGUAACACAAGCUGAUGAACUCCUCAUGUGGGAUUAUCUCAUGCUCCUUAUCAAGCAUAAUGGGGUGGUUUAUGGGGUGGAUGUGGCCAUGAUGAUAAGGGAACACAUCAGAGGAGAAGGAGAGAUGCUUUGUUCCAGAAGCCUUCAUAGCUUGACUGAAGGGGAAGGAGCUUGUGAGGGAAAUGGAGAGAAAGUAGCCAUUGCACCCAAUCCUGCACACCUUACAGAUGACAGUGAUGGGAUGGUUGAUGUUGAAGACAUUCUCCUCUGUGGAGAGUCAAAGAAGAUUUUUGAGCACUGUCUGAAUGAGAAGAUGUGGCUGCAUGCAGUGAUCCUAGGCAGAGCAUUAGGAGAGGAUCACUUUCGUUUGGCAGUGAGAAGUGGUUUGGAGUCUACCCCUGUCAGUGAUCCACUGCGUACCCUCUGUGAAAUGCUGUUUGGGUUCAUGCCUAUGGCAGUGCAGCGAUGUGGUGAUAAGUCAAUAGGAGACUGGAGGAAGCAUCUUGCUGUUACCAUUGCCCAUCUGGAUAAUGAAGGCUCAUCUGUAUUGCAGCUGCUGGAGAAGAUGGGUGAUUCUUUGGGUGCCAGAGGAUGUCUAUAUGGAUCCCAACUCUGCUACCUGUUGGCAAGAGUGCCCUUCAACAGUUCUGCUGGGGAUAUAGGAGGAAAGCUUGUGCUUUUAGGUUCUCCUAUGUUGGAGGCUAUACCAGGUCAUGCCCCUGAAUCACAUAUUGCCAUGAGUGAAUUGUAUGAGUAUGGAAUGCAGUUGGGUGAUCCAAGCUUCAGUCUCCCUCACCUUGUGCCAUUCAAGAUGCAGAAGGUCAUAGCUCUGUUGGACAUUGGCAACACAGAGGCUGCAUUUGAUUACAUUCAGAGCAUGGCAGAAGUUGUUCUCCAACAUAGAUUCUCAUUCCACUUUGAGAAGUCACUUCUUUUGGAUAUGGUUAGGCUUGGUGAGCAGCUGAAAUCCAUCCGCAUGGAGUUUGCUCAUCCUGAGCUCUUUCCAGAAUGGCUCCUCAAUUUAAGGACUUUUGUGGAACAGGGAGGAUUGCCAUCUCAGCAUGCACUUGAAGAUGUCUCACAUCCUCAGCAUGAAAGUGCAGUUGUUGAAGAGGAACUGAGUGAGACACAAGAACAGACACAGGCAGCAGUGGAUACAAGCUUACCAGCUCCCUCCCUAGAUGAAACUAGCAGACAUGUCUUGAGUGAUGGACAUUCAUUGAUGGAGGGACAUGCACAGCAGGAAACUCCAUGGUCAACUGGAAAUUCUUAUGAGGGCAUGUUGCCAUCUGUGCCUUCCUUUCCCAAUGGCACAUCCAUGGAACAUCUGUCACAGGAACAGCAGUUGAAUGUCUACCCUGAAUCAACUUCAGUACCUACUACUCACCAGCAGUCUUUCAACUACUGGGAUGCCAUGACCAGGCCCCCAGCAUCACGCACAACUGCUGCAGCAAACUUGCAUGCAAAUGAUCCCUUGGCCCAAUACCAUUCUGCCCCACGUGUACCCUGUCCUACAAUAGACUCCCUACAUCCUAAGAAUGGAUCUUUGUGUCUGCUUGGAUCAGCUUUGCAACACUGGUCUUCUGUCCCUUUGCCUGCAGCAUGUCAGAUUCCUUUUUGCUCAUCAGUUCCUUCUGGAGACUUAUCCAACCCAGUCUUGCCCAUUUCCUCAUCCAUCCCAUUUCAUCUGCCUGGUUGUAAUACCCCUGUGACCCAUCAUGCUGCUGAGUACAGGCAUCCUCUCAUGUCUGCUAAGGAGAAGGAGCAUGAGGUUUCAGAGAGAAUUCAUAUUACUGCAAAAAAGGUGGCAAUCAAAGUGAGGCAAAUGCGUCCUGUGCGCCUGGUCUUAUCUCCGACUCCAUCAACAUCUUCUGAAGACACUGCAAGUGGAGAUCACAUUGCUCCCAACCAACCAAUGUGUGCACAGCAUCUGUUGCAGGUCCUGGGCUCCCCUCUGGUUUGCACUGGAGCAAACCCUGCCUUAUCAAGCAACUUUGCUGCCGACCCUGAAGUUAUUUCUCAAGAUGCCCUGGCUGGGGUUAUACCCUCUUCUCCAAAAGUCCCAAUUCAGCGACAGAUCUCAAGAAUGGAGAAAGGAGACAAUGAAGAGGCCAAGUCUGUCUGUAUCCCCAGGAAGAAGAGCAUGCAAUCAAUGACCUCAUCAAAGCAAACUCUGUCUGAGAGCUCUGGUGAGACGUAUGGCUGGUCUGCAUUAUCAGAAGCAGCCUCAGAUGAGGAAGAAAGUUCAGCUGUACCCCUGGCAUCAGUGUCAUCAGUUCAUUCCACUGGCAGUGGAGAGCGACGUCCUAGUGGUGGUACCCUUCUGUCUGACCGCCGCCCAAGCUUUGGCAAUAAACAUAGUGGUGAUUUUGGGAGAAAGUCAAGUACAGGGAGUGGAGGUGGAACUACUAACAAUAUGGGUGGAGUCUCUGAUGAAAAGAUAUCCAAGGAGAAUAAUCUAGUCUCCUCUGAUACCUCAUCCUCUGGGAAGAAGGGUGUGGGAGCUGGGUGGUUUGGUGGCUUCUUCCGAAUUCCAAAACUUCCAUCGAGGCCCAAGAAUCAGAUGAUUCUUCCUGCAGACACCAAUCCUGCUAUUGUUUGGGAUGAAAAACUGAGACGAUGGGUAAACAAGGAUGAGCCAGAGAGUGAAAGUAACAAGCCACCCCCACCCCCUCCUAAAGACACUGAGCUUGCAAGUCAAAGUCUUCAGACUCAAGCUGAACCUCAGCCUCAGAGCCUCCCACCUGCAUCGGCUCAACUGUCUGCUUCUGCUCCAUCUGGUCCAGUUGCAUCUGGCACUCCUGUUGAACUGUCCUUGUUACCAGAGGAACUUGUUCAGCAUAAAUCUGACAUGCUUCAGGGACAGCACAAUCAGGCCAUCCAGGGUCCUUCUCAACCUGCUGCAUCGCCACCAGUCAGCAAUCGCUUCAAGCGCCAGAGAGGUAUGAGGCCAUAUGUUGAUGUGUUCAACAAAGGUGGAGGCUCAUCAAAUGCAGCCCCAGCACCCAUCCCUCCAGUGCUGCCUCUUGCAUCAACAAAUCUUCCUUCAAACUUAUUCAUUCCACCUCCUUUGGAAACUGGCACAGAACCAGUAGAUUUUGUCUCUUCCCCAAGGGAGGAUUCUGCUACUUCUGAAGGGGCGAGUGGUGAAGUGGAUCAAGGGGGAGAGGUUCAAAGAGGUCCCAUAUUCGUUGAUCCAGCAUCAUAUGCCAACAGAGAACCCAUGAUGUUGUCUUCCAAGGCUCGUGUCCUCAAGCAGCCUUACCCCACCCGCCAAGGAUACUGAUGAUGCCUUUCAUUAGACAGAGAGACAUUUGUAUGAAGGCUGGUUCAAGGGAAUCCGCAAAUAUUUCACUCCGAGUUGUGAUUUCAUCUGAAUGAGAGUGCAUGUGUGUAGUUGUUCUGCACUAGAGAGGAUUUGAUGUGAGAGGAGGAGUUUAGAAAUUUUGAAGCAUUUGGCUCAGAUGCUCUGGCCAAGUCCCCGUUUGCCCAUGUUCACACCAUGUUCUAUUUUGCGUGAUAUCUCCCAGGUUGAGUUAGUGAUUCAAGAAGUGAGGAAGAAAUUUUAAACUAUCCUGUUUGUGAGGCAAAGGUAUUGAUAAUAUUAUAUUACAAGUACUAUUUUGUGAAAGUUGUUUAUUUUAGUUUGGGAUCCCAUAUAUGCACUGCUUCUUUUCUUCUCUUUGGAUCCUUAUGGCUCCUUUUCAAGGUGAUUGGGUUCAUAAGAGGAAGAGAAAUUCUUGUCUUGUAUUUUUUCCCAGGUCAUUUUUGUGCUAGAAAUGUCUGGCAAAAUUAUUUCUCUUCCGAAUGAUUACAGCAUUGCAGGGAUUCUCUUGCAUGUGGACUGUUUCACUUGUGGCAAUGGGGUUUAUCAAAUAAAGAUCUUAACUGUAGUUCUCUUAGAUUCUUUCACUGUGGGGAGCCAUGACCCCUAGUAAUAUUGACUUGUAAAGAGUUAUCAAUACAAAAACUGAUCUGCUGUAAGUGUAAUAUAUUGGAAUAGAUCUGGGAUGAACUUGGAGAUGGAUAUAACCAUCAAAGGACUUCACUCUGCUUUGCAAAGGCCAUAGAAGGUAAAUGACAUCAUUUAUCACAUUUAAUAAAUAACAUGAACUG